UCAUGUUUCGCACAACAUCGUUCUGUUACUUCCUGUUUCCAGAGCGCGAGAAGACUCUGUGUGAGCGUCACAGAGAGAGCGUCCAGACGUCCUCCGGCUCCGGCAUCUUGUCCUUCUUCCGUCCUCGGCCGGCCGUCGGUCAGUACGUCCCUCAGUGUGACCCUCACGGCGCCUACGAGCCCACGCAGUGCCACGGCAGCAUCGGACAGUGCUGGUGCGUGGACGCCAACGGCCAGGAGAUCCCCAACACCCGCACCGGACCCGGCAGCACCCCUCUGUGUAUCAACCAGGCGCCGACUCCUGCUCCGGUGGGUCCGACCCCGCGGCCCGACGUUCACCCCGUCGCUCCGGGAACGCAUCUGCUAUUCGCUCAGAGCGGGAAGAUCGAGCGCGUUCCUCUGGACGGAUACAACAUAAAGAAGGAGGAGGCCAAACCUCUGCUGCACAUCCCCGAUCGGGUGGUGAUCGCCGUGGCCUACGACUGCGUUGAGAAGAUGGUGUACUGGACCGACAUCACCGGGCCGGCUAUCAGCAAGGCCAGACUGAGCGGAGGAGACGUCAUCCCGGUCGUCACUACAG